AUGCGACAAAUAGACCCAGAGGCUUCGGGUAGGUUCAAAAUUGAUCCGGAUAGAGUGAAUAUGGUAGAAAAGCGACAAAUCGACCCAGAGGCGUCGGGUUGGUCCCAAAUUUAUCCGGAUAGAGUGAAUUUGAUAGAAAUGCGACAAAUCGACCCAGAGGCGUCGGGUAGGUUCGAAAUUGAUCCGGAUAGAGUGAAUAUGGUAGAAAUGCGACAGAUCGACCCAGAGGCGUCCAGUUGGUCCCAAAUUUAUCCGGAUAGAGUGAAUUUGAUAGAAAUGCGACAAAUCGACCCAGAGGCGUCGGGUAGGUUCGAAAUUGAUCCGGAUAGAGUGAAUAUGGUAGGAAUGCGACAGAUCGACCCAGAGGCGUCGGGUUGGUCCCAAAUUGAUCCGGAUAGAGUGAAUUUGAUAGAAAUGCGACAAAUCGACCCAGAGGCGUCGGGUAGGUUCAAAAUUGAUCCGGAUAGAGUGAAUAUGGUAGGAAUGCGACUAAUCGACCCAGAGGCGUCGGGUAGGUUCGAAAUUGAUCCGGAUAGAGUGAAUAUGGUAGGAAUGCGACAAAUCGACCCAGAGGCGUUGGGCUUCUCCUACCCUACUGAGAAUCCUAAAACUGAGUCAUAG